AGUCGGUAUCCGGGGCGGGCCCUUUGGCUGCGGCUGCUACACCCGCAGGGUCAGGCAGAAGCCACCGCUGUGUCCUCGCUCAGGCGCUGGGAGCCCGCUCGUCCCCCUGAGAGACGGUGACAUGGCUCCGCGCAGGAACACCUCCAAAGGCGCCGGCAGCAGCCCCAGCCAGGGGGCCAGGAAAGAGACAAAGCAUGGAGGAAACAAGAAUGGGAAGAAAGAAGGCCUCUCUAGAAGCUCAUUUUUCACCUGGUUUAUGGUAAUAGCACUGCUGGGAGUUUGGACAUCAGUAGCAGUUGUUUGGUUUGAACUUGUAGAUUAUGAAGAAGUUCUAGCCAAAGCAAAGGACUUCCGUUAUAACUUGUCAGAGGUACUGCAAGGCAAGCUUGGGAUAUAUGAUGCUGAUGGAGAUGGAGAUUUUGAUGUGGAAGAUGCCAAAGUUUUGCUAGGCUUGACCAAAGAUGGCAGUAAUGAAAAUAUUGAUUCCCUUGAGGAAGUCCUUAAUAUUUUAGCAGAGGAAAGUUCUGAUUGGUUUUAUGGCUUCCUCUCAUUUCUCUAUGAUGUAAUGACUCCUUUUGAAAUACUAGAAGAAGAAGAGAGCGAAGCUGCAGAUGAUGUUGAUGGAGAGGAGCCAGGAGGGGUAGACGAGAGAAAAGCUAAGGCCAAAGGACUUAAAGAAAGAUCUGUCCCAGCACAGUCAACACCAGCAGAAUCUGAAGAGUCCAUUCAACCUGCAGAGCAGUCAUUCGUUAAAUCAGAGCACAAGAAUGUUGAAGCAGAACUGGAAGAGGAAAUCCAGGCCAUUCUUCAUGAAGCACUCCAUUCACAAGCCGGAGAGAGGCAUGAGGAAGAUGCAGAUGAAGGAUUAAAUGAUGAGCAUGAGGAAGGUGCAGAUGAAGGAUUAAAUGAUGAGCAUGAGGAAGGUGCAGAUGAAGGAUUAAAUGAUGAGCAUGAGGAAGGUGCAGAUGAAGGAUUAAAUGAUGAACGGCAGGAGAAGGAUGAAGUAUAUGAAGAAGCUUUUGAAAUUCCUACAACAGAUGACCUUUACGAAGCAUUGGAAGAUGAAAUACCUGAAGUACCUGAAAUACCAAAACCAGUUCAGGAAGAAACUGACAGUCAUGAUCAGGUAGAAGAGCAUGGAGUAGGUGAGCCUGAAGCUGUUGAAAUUCCUGAUCCAUAUGAAUAUUACAUGGAUUUAGAAGAGCCAGCAUACGAGUCAGAAGUUCCAGAUAACACUGAAUUAGCACAGGACGAUGCUCUUGAACAUCAUGGAGAACCAAAUUAUGAAGAAGGGACUGAGACUCAGGAUACAGUGUAUGCAGAAUUGGAGACUGAAAAAACAGAAGAAACUGCAGGUAAACAGCCUGUAAAUGAACACUACUAUGAAGAAAGCAUACAAGAACCAGCUGAUGAUGCUGAAAAGGAAGAGGAAACUGCAGGGGCGCUUCCAGAACCAGUAAAUGAAGAUACAGAGCCAGAUGAAAUUCCUGAGGAUGUUGAAAUUAAUAAAAAGCAAUCAGAGGAAAAAGAACAUACAGAAGACACUGUUGCUGCUGGACCUCAGGAAACAGAAGUUCCUGUUGAAGCAGAGAAUUACUCAAAUGAUGAUCUAGUGGGAAAAAGUAAAGAAACUGAACAGGAACAAAAAGAAAAAGCUAAGAAGAAACCAAAACUCUUAAACAAGUUUGAUAAGACCAUUAAAGCUGAACUGAAUGCUGCAGAAAAGCUACGUAAAAAGUAAGGACAGAGGGAAGAGACA